AAAGAGGCAAAAAAAAAAUUGAUUUUGGUGGUGCGGGUAAACUUUAAAAAAGUUUGCAAAAUUGUAUUUAUCUAAUCAAGAUCUGACAGCCAAAACAUCAAAUCAAAGGCAAAAUACAUCAACCAGAUCAAUCUGUAUCAUCUAUCUACAUGAACGGGACUGAUAAGUUGAAGAGGUUCCUCUUCGAGUUACCUUCUCAAUCAAAUUUCAAGUUUGGUAAAGAUGUUAGACAACAAAUACGGAAGGCGUUGUUUUUAGCAGUAUCUAAUGAAGGCGAAUAUCUAAAUUGGUUAUUUCCUAAUGCUUUCCCUAAUAAUAGGGAUUAUAACGUUGAUUCAAUGAUAGAUAAAGUCGAAAAUGAAUACGAAUGGCUCUUUGCCAAUUAUUAUAAAGUCAAUCUUAAAAGAAGAGAUCCAAAAUAUGAUACUCAUAAUCAUCAUGCUUUCCAUGCUAAUCUGCCUUGUGCAAGAAUAUUCAGAAAGGGAGAACCAAUCUAUAGAUGUUUGACAUGUGGGUUCGAUGAUACUUGUGCGUUAUGUUCACAUUGUUAUCAACCAGAAUAUCAUCAGGGUCAUAAAGUUCAUAUCACAAUAUGUCAACGUGAAAAUGGUGGGGUUUGUGAUUGUGGUGAUCCAGAAGCUUGGGUUAAAGAUUAUUUUUGUCCUUAUGCUGUUAAAGAUGAUGAAAGUUUGAAUACUAGAAAUACUAAAAUGCCAUCUGAUUUAGAAGAUUCCUUCUUAAGAACUAUUCAAAUCUUAUUAGAUUAUGUUAUUGAUGUUAUGAGUCAAUCUGAUGCUCAAUUUGAAGAUCCUGAUGAAGCUUCUCAAGCACAAGUUGAAUUGAAAAAGAUAACUGGAUCGUUGAAUCCUAAUAAAUAUGGAUUAGAAAACAUUGAUGAUAUUAAUAAUGAAAAAUAUUAUUUGAUGGUUUAUAAUGAUCAAAUAAGACAAUAUCGUGAUGCAGUUCAAAGAAUUCAUUUAGCAAGUAGAAAAGUGAAAAAUUUUGCUGUAAUGGUUACUGAAAAAGUUCAAAAUUAUGGUAUGGCAAAAGUAAUAAGUUCUAAUGAUAUUGAUUUACUUUUAGAAAGACAAAAGAUACUUAGUGCUACUGGUUUAGCAUCAUGUAUAAGAAGUCAUAGAGAUGUCUUUAGAGAAGAUAUGUGUGAUGAAAUCUUGAAUUGGAUAUAUACCUUGACAGAAAGUGAAAUGUUCAAAACUAAUAAUUCAGCUAAAAACUUAUUCUGCAGUGCCUUUUGUGGAAAAUGGAAUAGUGGACUUCUUGUCGCUAGUAGUAGAGAAUAUCAUUAUAAAGUUGGUUCCUUAGAUCCAACUUCAAAAAUACCCAAAAUCAAUUGUAAUAAGAAAGCUCUGUCCCAUUGGUUCUUCCAUCCUUCGAAAUGGAAUCUUCCUGAUGAUAUAUGUCAAGAAUGUGAUUAUAAUUUAACUGAAGAUGAUUAUGAUAUAAGUAAGAGUCAUCUUGGAUCAAGAUUACAAUAUUUAAUUUAUUUGGAUGUUAGAUUUUGGAAAUCCAUUCGUAUUUUGUUACAUGAUUUAUAUUCUACUUCAUUGAUUACAAAUUUAUGUUAUAAGAAUAUCAUCUCGUGUCAGUAUGUCGAUAUUUAUCCAACCAUAGCAGAUAUGUUUCUCACCAUGGAUAGAGAACCAGAAUUGAAUAUAAUGUGUACUCUUUCAACCCAAUUAUUUACCUGUCCAUCCAACUCCACUUCAAUUGUUCAACAUGGUGAUGUGUCACGUAUUUUUGCAUCUAUCUAUGGAUUCUUAACUGUUGAAGAAAUCAGAUCACCAGAAGAAAUAGAAAUCACUCAUGAAAUUUCAAUGAAAAGUUUAAAGAAUAGAAGAUGGGGACAAAUUUUCUUUGAUAUUGGAUAUAUCUUAAGUAGAAGUCGUGAUUCUAAGUCAAUCUUAACUAAUAAUAUCAUCCCUAUGGCUUGUGACAUUUUAGCUUUAUUCCAAGGUAGACCAGUAAUGAAGAGAGAAAAGAAGAAUCACGUUGAAUAUGAAAGCCCUGAUUAUACUGCUUUUUUCCAUGCUAUUCUGGUUAUUUAUCAAUUCGGUGAAUAUAUCGCUCAUUGUCUUUGCAAUUUAACCGAUGAUGAUUUAAGAAAAUCUUUAUCGAAAAAUGCCAUUAAUUACGUGAUUGGGUUUUUAUUGAGAUUGGAAAAGAAUGAUUAUCCAGGUCUUAUUGAUGAUUCAGUCGAUGUGAAUCUCUCUAAUGAAAAGGGAAUCUCCAAAGAACCAAUCGGUGGUAAUAUCAUUCAACAUUUCAGAAUCGAUGAAGAAAAAGUAAGUUUCUUACAUCCAAUUCAUUCCUUUUUAAGUUGGUUAAUUGAAUUAUCAGAAUUUAAAUCACCUUCAGAAUUGGCUGAAGUAUUGGAAUCAUCAAAGAAUACAGCAUGUUCAAAUCAAAGAAUGGAUCUUGCUAACCCUUUAACAUCUAUCUUUGAUUAUCCUAUCAGAACCAUUGUUUUAAUGUCACAGAUAAAGUCAGGAUUUUGGGUUAGAAAUGGGUUUAGUGUUAGAUCUCAAUUGCAAUUAUAUCGUAGCACUGGUCUUCGUGAAAGUGGAUACAUGAGAGAUUUAUUUUUAACUCAAGUAUUUAUUAAUUCUAAUAGUCCAAACUUGGUCUGCUUUUUAUUGUUCAGUCGUUGGUUAUUGAUGGAUGGUUGGAUUAAUGAUGCAUCUGACCAAGAGGAGUUAAUCUAUGAUCUGAAAACUCUUCCUUAUAUGUUAGAGGAAUGUAUGAAUUUCUUCAUUCACACCUUGACAGAAGACUUAUACCUUCGAGGCUUGAAAGAUGAAGUGGUUAAUAGAAUCAGAAUAAAAACUGAAAUCAUUCAUAACUUAUGUUUUGGUGCAAUGAAUUACACCAAGAUGUGUUCACAAAUCCCUGAUCAUAUCACAUCUGAGAAAAGAUUCGAUAUCAUUCUCACAGAAAUGACAAAUUUUGUUCCUCCAAAGGGUGCUAGUGACAUUGGAGUCUAUCACUUAAAGGAAGAAUAUCUCGAUGAGAUCAAUCCUUAUUAUUUCAAUUAUACUACCAAUAUUAAAGAUGAUGCUAUUAAAUUCGUUAAAGAAAGAACUAGAAAGAGAAUUAGAAAACCGAUUUCCGAAAUUGUUAUUGAACCAAAAUUAAGGGAUCCUGAAGAGUUAGGUAAUUUCAAAUAUAUUGGUAAUUUCUCAGCAUCAACAUAUUUCUCUGAUUUCUUAAUCAAGACACUCAUGUACAUCAGAAAGGAAGGUACGGAAGCUGAAAGUUUAUUAGAAACCGCCCUUCAUUUAAUUCACAUAUGUGCUUUUGAAAAUACAAUUGAUAUGGCUCAAUACGGUUCAUUUUACGAUAGGUUUGUGAAUGUUUCUGAUAAUCAUCAUACUUCAAUUGCAGUAUUGCUUUAUGAAUUUUUAUGUAAUGAAGAGUUCAAGAAUCAUCAUUCGAAAAUUCGUUAUAUUUUGAAAGUGUUCGAAGAUAAGUAUCAUACACUUAAUAAAAUAUUGGGUGAACAAGUUACAUCAUUCGAUCAGUUUAAAGUCGAUUUAUGUACGAAUGAAGUAGGAGAUGAAAAUGAAUAUGAAAAGAAGAAACGUAUUGCGCAUGAGAGACAAGCGAAAUUAUUGGCCAAGUUCAAAAAGCGCCAGUCUAAUUUCUUGAAGAAAAACAAUUUUGAAACGGUCGAUGGAAGUGAUAUAGAAAUGGAAGAUUAUGAUGAAGAAUUUGGGUGGAGAUUUCCCGAGCCACAUUGUUUACUUUGUCAAAAUGCUGCUGAAGAAAGUCCGUUUGGAAUAAUGACUUAUGUUACAAAGUCUUCAGAGUUCAGAACAGUACCGUUCGAUGACAAAUAUUGGUUUGUUAAAUCCUUUUCAGAUGGUGCCAAUUUAGACAAGUACGAAGAUGCCAACACUGAAGCCAAGUCUGAUAAAUGGAAGUCAUACAUGCAUAAAGUAAAAGAAAGCAAUGUUAUUGGCCCUGGAUUUUCAAAUCAAGACCAUGUUGAUAGUAAGUUGGUAUCUGUUAGUUGUGGUCAUGGUAUGCAUUUUCUGUGUUACAUGAAUUUUAUAAAUUCAAGAAGUAAUCAAAUACAGAUCACUAGAAACACACCGGAAAAUAUAGAACACAAAGAGUUUAUUUGUCCUUUAUGUAAAGCUAUAAAUAAUCUGUUUGUUCCUAUCCUUUGGACUUCCAAUAACAGAAGUCUUGGAAAGUUUUUGACUCCUUCAUCAGGUAAUGUUUUCGAAAACUUGUCCCCAAAAUUUUUACACGAUAAAGAGUGGUAUGAAGGCUUUACAAAGUCUUGCAAGAGUGAUGUUGAAAAGCUAUCUAUUUUACUGCCGAUAGAAAAAGAAGCUAUAUUUCUGGAUUCAGAAAGUGAUAGUCUAAGACAACAAAAUUUCAAAUCUUCAUUAAGAAAGAUGUUUCAGAUAUUAUCUUGUUUAACAUUUCCUCAACUAUUUAAACCGGAUGGUACAUUUAUAUUAGCAAACACAAUUAAAUCCCUUGAAAUAUCUUUAAGAGGAAUCUGUUCAAAGGACCAACUUCUUAUUUCUCAACUUUCUAAUAAAUCGUUGAUUAACUUAAGAAGUUUAAGUGAGUUCCGUAAUUCUAGUGUGUUAAUGAAAAUGAACAACUGGUUACAAGCUCCUAACCCUGGCAAUGAGGUUUACUCAAAGAGUCUUGCCGUACUACUUUCAUUGUCGGGACCCAUGAUGAAUACAUCUAUUAUGGAAUCUGAUUUCUUGGAAACUUUAGUGAGUACGCUUCCAAUACCAUCAGCUGGAUUUUCUUUCAAUGCAAUUUUGAAUACUUGUUUGAUUGGACACAUUAUUCAAUCAUUAAAUAUUAUAGUGAAGGAAUUAGUAAACCAUGAUCAGUAUAGGAGUUCCGAAUUUUCCAUUUUAGAUAUUCCUGUUAUCGAAGGAAUUGACUCGAAAACUAUCAAGGCGGUUAAGACCAUAUUCAAGAAAUUAAAAUUGGUUCAUGAUAAUGCCGGUGAUGAAGAUCAAUUUCAAAAUGAUGAGAUAUUUGCUCAAGUAUUCUAUUCGAUGCUUGUGAAAACAACAACUCCGUUUUUGAGAAGAGCUGCAAUCUAUUCAUUUGUUCAAUGUGCAAACUAUGAAAAUGUACAAAUUUCAUAUCCCGAUGUGUUUUUAGAAGCUGACAGAUUAAGUAUGUUUUUAAAUGUGAAACUCAUUUCUGAAUAUUUGAAUCUUUUCGUUUCACAAGAGAAAUGCUAUGAAAGCUCAAUCUUCAAUAAUUUCGUAUCAUAUCUUAAAAUAUCCACAAGAUCUAGCCCUGAUCAAUUCACCAUCAAAGAACUUGAAUAUCCAGGAAUAGUCAAAUUGACAGAACUUCCAGAUCGUCUUGAUUUCUUUUUUACAAAGUAUUAUUAUCUGGACAAAUACAAUAAUCCACAUAUGUCCAUAGAAGAUCCUGCUAUUUGUUUGUUCUGUGGUGAAGUAGUUGACAUUCAGAAGUCAGCUAUUGGUUGCAACGAGGGUCAAUGUACAACACAUUACUUGAAGGAAUGUGCUAACGAUGUUGGUAUAUUUUUACUUCCGAAGGAUCGUGGCCUUCUUUUAUUACAUAAAAAUGGAGGCUCUUUCUAUAAUGCUCCAUUCUUGGAUCAACAUGGUGAAUUACCAGGAGAAUCAAAGAAGCCCAAAACUCUAUAUUUAAUGAAAGCAAGGUAUGACGACUUUAUGAGAAACGUAUGGUUACAACACAAUGUCCCUAAUAUUAUUGUGAGAAAUCUCGAAAGUGUUAUGGAUAUGGGAGGUUGGGAUACCUUAUAAUUACAGUUUAUAGAACUUUAAAUACAUGCAAAUUUAUUUCCGUUAUAUAUACAUAUUUACCAUAAGAAAUUAUUUAUAUCUUCAGGUAACGUUUCUUCAUCGAAUUCAUCGCUACUUUCAUCCAUGCCUUCCAUAUCUUCAUCCAUGCGAUCAUCUUCUUCCACAAAGACGUUCAUUACGUUGCCUUCGGAUCUUGAACUAAAAAUAUUCCUUGUUACAAACGAACGAAGACCUUGAUUCAAC